CUUUUCAAGUAAAAAGAAAAUGUGAAAUGCAUUCCACGAAUCAAAACAAAAAGUGAGAACUGCAUCCAAGUGCAUCGUCAGUCCAGUCGCACCUGAAACGUCAACAUUACCCAAAUGGAUUAUAAUAGUUGAAAAGAUCACGGAGAAGUGGCGUGUCUGUGCGUAAAAAUUGAAUUCUUAGAACGGGCCCCUUGCAUAACGCCCCGCGCCGUCCUGAUUAGGUGGCUGACCUUGGCGCAGUUUUAAGAUAACACAAUGUCCAACUAUCAGCUGCACUCGAACGAGACCAGUAUUUCGAUUCCGCGGAUUAUCACCGUGGACAGCGUCAACUACUAUGAGGUGUUGGUAAAGUGUGGCCACGUCAUGUGGACCGUCAACCGACGGUAUCGGGACUUUGACGAUCUUCACGCCAAAUUGGUUCAGGAGCGCAGUGUAGCCAAGGACAAGCUUCCACCGAAGAAGGUGAUAGGCAACAAAAGUCCCACCUUUCUGAAGAAGCGCCAGGAAGCGCUGGAACAGUAUCUGAAAGAGAUGCUCACAUUCCUGAAGGUAACCAUGCCCAGAGAAUUUGUGGAAUUCCUAGAGUUCCACCGAUACGAUAUCAUCUUUUUGUCGCAAAACCUGGCAAACUGCUUCUUCCUUCGUGGGGAAAGCUUUCUAGCCAAGUCGAAAAAGUAUGGCUUCUCCGUGCUAGAGCUGCACGCCUUCAGUGAGAGACUGAAGAUUCCCUGCCCUUCCACGGAAGCAGCUGACGGGGCGUUGAAUUUUUCCCACAUAAUGGACUUCUGCUCCCAGCUGGAAACGGUCAUAGUGCUACCGACCAAAAACAGCCUGCCGAUGAUUCUGUACGACGACGAUUCCGAUAAGUACAUUCCGCACGCGCUGCACAAACCGAUCGGCAGUAGCAAUAUUAUUCCGUCCCAGUUGCGUUACGAUCUGAGCGUGUUCCGAGGGCUGAAAAAUCUCAUAAUUUAUGGCAUUUCAACGGAGAACAUCGAGAACGUUGGUGGCCUUCGGGAAAGCUUGCUCCGGAUUGAGAUCUACAAAAGCGAAAUCAAGCACAUCCGGCAGAUCACCUUGUGCGAUGAUAUUCACCGGAACAGCACGGAGGAGUUGGAUCGGUCGAAGAUAUGGAAAAACCUGCGACACGCUGUCUUCAAGGAAAAUCAACUGAUGGAAAUCGAUCACUCGAUCCGAUUGUUUCCCAAUUUGAAAGACCUGGUAUUGGACAAAAAUCAAAUAGAAAGUAUAGCCCACCUAAGCCAUUUGAACAACCUGCAAGCGCUGAGUUUACGUUGCAAUCGAAUAGCGGAAUGUCGAGACUGGCACCUACAGCUGGGAAAUUUAGUAAGCCUGAACUUGUCGCAGAAUAAAAUCCGACUGCUGGAGGGCCUAUCCAAACUGUACUCGUUGGUCAAUCUGGAUCUGAGCUGCAAUCAGAUCGAUGACAUCAACGAAAUCGAUCACAUAGGCAAUCUACCGUUGUUGGAAAACUUGCGAUUGAUGGGAAACCCUGUCGCCGGUAGUGUUGAUUAUCGAGCUCGCGUUUUGUCUCGAUUCGGAGAACGCCUCCAGGAGAUCUACCUGGAUAAUGAAAAGGGAAAUCAGUUGGAAUACGAUACGGCGCUGGUGCUGUCGGCUUUGCGAAUAUCAGCGCAGAAUUCUCAACGAAAGCUGCACAGUCUGCUGGAUACGGCCUCCGCGGAGGACAAACUGCCCGGAACAAGUGGCUCCAGUGGGAGCAGAUAGCCCUAGCAUUUGCGGAUGUAUGCAUGUAAGUUCCGGACUUUAUUAGUCGAAUGUUAUAUGUGCGUUUAUGUAUGAUGCCAAGAUAGGGCAGACGUAUCGAGGCGGAUAAUGUUUUAUGUUAGAAAGUUAGAAGCAAUACGGCCUUCUGUAUCUAUUGAUAUGCAUACGAAUUAGGAACGUGAUGUAAAGGCGUUUGUAUGCAUGUGAUCUAUAUACCUACUGAUGCUAUUAUAUGACUCUGAAGAUGAAACAAA